UGCACAACUGUGGGAUGCAGCAAAGGUGACCAUGAUCACGCCCAUUGCUACGCAAAGGGCGGAGGAAUGGAAGGGCAGGCUCCUUGGCAGAAAGGGAAGAAACGCGAUACAGCCGCAUUGGCCAUCACCAUACCACCAGUCCCUGCUGCUCCAUUAGUCACAUCACCAGCCUCUUCCACCAUUGCAGCAUUCGCUGGCACACACACUGCGGUCACCUCAUUCCUGGCUGAUCUGUCCUGCGCCUCGAUCACCGAACUCUCUUGUCUAGUGGCAGCAGGUUUCAACACAAUCCUCGAUUCCGGAACCACAACCACACUUAUUCAAGACUGUUCGUACUUCUGGUCCUAUUCCACAGCGGAUGCCGUUACCGUCCGCACCGCGAACCAUGGGAGUUUGACCACGUCUGGCAGAGGUGAUUGCGUCGCCAUCCUU